AUGAUUUUUUCAUUUCGCAGGUAUCCCCUAAAUAAUUACACAUUUGGCACCAAAGAUGCACUGUUUGAGAAAGACCCAAGUGUUCCCGCAAGGUUUGCACGGAUGCGAGAUGAAUUUGACAGGAUUGGUAUGAGGCGAAGUGUUGAAGCUGUGCUGCUUGUUCAUGAACAUGCCCUCCCUCAUGUCCUCCUACUUCAGCUCGGCACUACAUUUUUUAAAUUGCCAGGUGGGGAACUUGACACAGAUGAGGACGAGGUUGAGGGGCUGAAACGCCUGCUUGCAGAGACUUUAGGACGGCAGGAUGGAGUGAAGCAGGAGUGGAUUGUUGAAGACAUCAUCGGCAACUGGUGGCGUCCUAACUUCGAGCCUCCACAGUAUCCUUAUAUUCCUUCACACAUUACCAAGCCCAAGGAACAUAAAAAGCUCUACCUUGUUCAACUCGGAGAAAAAGCCGUGUUUGCUGUACCCAAGAACUACAAGCUUGUGGCAGCGCCUCUAUUUGAACUGUAUGACAACUCCCAGGGCUACGGACCAAUCAUCUCCUCCCUCCCUCAAGCUCUGUGCAGGUUCGACUUUACAUACAUGUAAUCAUGAGAUCUACACAUUCAUCAUCAUCGUCAUAUUGCCUCUUCAUCAUCACAACGAUCACUAUACUUGGAUUUGUCAGUCACUUUUACGAUAAAUGUUUUGGGAUGCCGUUGAAGGGAGCAGAUUUGUUUCUGCAUGAAUAAGUAGUGCUUAUUGCUGCCGAAGUCAAAGAAGGAACUUCGCUGUAGGCCACGCAGCUUGAUGCAACAAGCAUACAUUGUGCGCGCUGCUCACUAAGCUUUUCAUCUUACAUGCAAAUGUAACUGUUUCAUGAACUUUGUGCCAGACUAAAUUCGGCAGUGAAGUAUGCUUAGUUUGGUGAAAAAACAAUGGAUAAUUUGUUGCUUUAUUAUGGAGACGUGUAGCCUCGUGGCAUAAUUCCUCUGUCCCUGAGUCAAUACUUUAACUCGGUUGUACUUCAGAAAGCAAGCAUAUAAUUGAGUACUUGAUACAUUCAAAUUUGUCUAACGAUGUUUAAUACGUAGAGCCAGGCUAUUUUUAACCCAACUCGGACGACUAUUUCGGCUAUGUAAUAAUGGCUUUUGCAAAAGAAUUUCGAAAAUUAGUCUGAUUUUCAAGCCUCGUCUAUCAUUUAGUGAACAUCAUGUUUCGUAUUUAUCAUUAUCAUUUAAUUAUAAGUGAUUUUGAA